CAAAGCGAAAUCUCCAUGGUACUCGAGGUAUCAGCGAAGCAGUUUAUAUAUCCAUAAAAGAACUCGAAGAUACUGUUUUGAGAUGAAUAGAAAUCUACUGAUAAAAUUAAUUGGUAAAAUAGUAAAUAUUUACAUCAGCGCAAAUUAAAGAAAAUUUUUUUGAGAAAUUAUUCCUUCAGUUUCAGUUCCUCACCUGUAGAUAUAAAUAAGUUCUAACAAAACUUCGUUGCGUUUGCGUAUGAAUCCAAUUUAAGUCGACCAUACUCAAACCACAAACUUGUUUCCAUUAUAUCGUUGGGUUGGUACAUUAUAACGAUUCCUUUUCAAAUCCAAGACGGAGUUAGUGACUAUAGUCGAUCCCCCACUAUUGCGACGUACAUCGACUUCUCCUAGUGAGCGGCAGUCGCAAAGCAUUUUGAAUCUAGCUUUUGGAGGUACAAGACUGUGUUUUCAGUGUUUGUGAUUUUAUUACCAAAAAUGUCUAAGAAAAACGGAAGUGCAGCGCUCCUACGGGGAGGCGACAAGCCUAUUAUCGCGCAAUUAGACCAGAAAAGGGGUGGUGUUAACACUGUGAUUAUGACUAAUUUUAAGUGUGAGCAAAAUCAAGUUCCUACACAGUCUGCAAAUGGAUCCACUGUACCUUUGGUAGAUAAUAGGAGGGCUGAUCCAGAAGUUGGAGAUUAUGACCCUUUCCAGCAUCGGAAUGUGGCGCAUCCUACAUCGGAUCUGGAUACACUCAUCCAUCUGCUCAAAGGAGCUCUCGGGAGUGGUAUAUUAGCUAUGCCACUAGCAUUUUCUCAUGCCGGCCUGUUUUUCGGCUUGAUAUGCAUCUUAUUUAUCGGUAUUGUUUGCACAUAUUGUGUUCACAUUUUAGUAAAAUGUGCGCAUGUAAUAUACCACCGUCAAAAAGUAUCAUCUCUCAGCUUUGACGAAGUUGCCGAGGCCGCUUUUCUAUCUGGUCCAAAAGCUUUCCACCCAUGGGCUAAGUUUGCUAAAGCCAUGAUAAACUUUUUCUUAGUUGUAGAUUUAUUAGGCUGCUGCUGCGUGUAUGUACUGUUUGUAUCUAAGAACUUGAAACAAGUCGUUGACGCAUACGUUGAAGAGACAUACCAUUACGACGUAAGAUUUUACAUGCUGGCUCUCUUACCAUUAUUGAUAUUGAUGAUUAUGAUUCGUAACCUAAAAUAUCUCUCGCCGUUAUCUAUGAUUGCUAAUAUCUUUGUAGCAGUUGGCAUCGGUAUCACCUUCUAUUACAUAUUCGACGACCUUCCAUCUCUUAAUUCAAGACCUCAUUUUGGUAGUAUAACUACUCUGCCUUCAUUCUUUGGUACUGCAAUUUUUGCUUUGGAAGGUAUUGGCGUAAUCAUGCCUUUGGAAAACAAUAUGAAAAAUCCAACACACUUUAUCGGAUGCCCUGGUGUACUCAACAUUGGAAUGUUUUUCGCUGUUCUCCUUUAUUCUUCAGUUGGAUUCUUUGGCUAUUUGAAAUACGGUGAUGAUGUCAAAAUAGGAAGCAUCAGUUUGAAUCUCCCCAAUGAACCACUUGCCCAGUCUGUGAAAUUGAUGAUUGCCGUAGCCAUUUUCUUCACUUAUGCUCUGCAGUUCUACGUACCAAUGGAAAUUAUCUGGAAGGCGGUAAAGAAUAACUUUCAAAGAAAAGCAUUGGCAGAAUACAGUAUUCGAUUUUCUUUAGUAACUUUAACGGUUGUUCUUGCAAUUUUGAUACCAAAUCUUGGAGCUUUCAUAUCUCUAGUAGGUGCUGUAUGUCUGUCAAUGUUGGGACUUAUAUUCCCUAGUAUAAUAGAAUUGGUCACAUUUUAUGAAGACCCCGGUUUGGGUCGCUGGAGAUGGCGGUUAUGGAAAAACAUGUUUUUAAUCUUGUUUGGACUAUUAGGUUUUGUAACAGGAACCUAUGUCAGCGUAGAGGAAAUCAUACAAGGUUGAGAGAUUUAUUUUUCAGUGUUUCUACAGUCGGCUUCGCAGGGAGUCUCUUAGAAAAAUAAGUUGGUUUUCCAUACCGGCUGGAACCCGGUUGUUCCUUAUCAGACAAUAGAUCAGCUGAAGCUUAGACACUUUCAACUGUAAGAUCUUGCUAAUACAAUUAGAAGGAACUUUGGGGGACAGUCGGAGUAACUAGGGGAACUGUCGUAAAAGAAAUCUUUUUACCAAUUAUUCUAAGUUUUUACUUAAAUAAAUUAUAUUUCUUCCAAAAAUAUAUAAAUAUAAUGUUUCCGAUCUAUAUCAUGUUAAAAUUUUGAUUAGCUUAGCAUAUAAAUCUUAAACAUUAGAUACAUACAUAUGCAAAAAAAUUUCUAAACAUAUUAAUAAACCAUCAUAAAGUUGAUAGAUAUUACUGAGAAUUGCCCUUACAACUAACAAUUUAUUUUCAUUGAAAGGCUAAGAGUCUAAGACAAAUAUGUGUAGAAAAAUUAAUAGACUUUGGAAUAAAUAUAUUACUAAUUUAUAAAGAAACGUAUGUAAUUUAGUUUUACUGAAUGAAAUUGCAUAAAUGACUUUCUUGUUUAUGGCAUAACCCCUUACUGAAACCAUUGGCCAUAAGAAUAUAAACUUCAACAUCCCAUUAUUUACUAACCAAUGGCUGUCUAUAGAGGAAAACCAAAUAGUACAUCUUUUUAUAUACUUAGGAGAGAAAUCUUAUUCCUAUUAAUUCAUUUAAUUUUAAGUAGAGACGUAGAUACAGUGUGCUUCGAUAAUCUGAGAGAAAUUUUGAAAUUCUUGGAAAAUUUAAUUGUUAUAAUUAAUUUGUUUAUUCACUAUUAAACAUUCUCCACUAUUAUUUAGAAUGACAGUAUAUUUAUUUUCGUAUUUAUUUCAAUUUUCUCUCGGAUUAUUUUGUAAAUUAGAUCUAUCUGCACAGUGAAUCAUUAUAUCAGUAUUAACAUAAAAUUGGGUGCAUAUCAAUUAACCAAAAUCUAAUUCAAGUUCUUUUAUGGUCAAUUGAUGUGUACCAACAAAAAGAAAAAAAGUAUUUUUCCAUUUAUUCAUCAGAUCCUUAUCAAAAAUUAUUUAUAUAUACUUAAGUUACAAGCGAAACCGAUAGAAAUUAUAUCAAGUAUUGACUCCCUGUUUAAAAACACCUAUAAAAUCUGUACAUUCUGACAGCUUUGAGGAAAUGUCUUCCAACACUUGAAGCGAAAAUUUAUUGACAAAACGGAUUUUGUGGGGUGUUAUAUCAAAGAUUAGUAUAUUAAAUAAUCUAUAAAUAAGGACUCUAGAAAUGCUGUGCUAAAUUUAGACUGCAGUGUCAACUGUGAUUUUGAGAAGUAAACAUUUUUAUGUAGUUAUUUCUUUAAUGAUUUGUUUUUAUUAAAACUUUUCAACAUCAUUGAAUCUUUUCAUUUCAAUUCAUCUUUUUUUAUAGUGAGACGUCAUUUAUUUAUACUAUUGUGAUUGUUUAGAUAAUAAUUUAUGCUCAAAUUAUAGUGUUUUUUGGUCAGUGUUCAUUUCUUCUCUUUUAAUAAAAAUUGGUUAAUAAACACAAUAUUUUUCCAUAACCGCUGCUGCCUACUAUAGACUAAAACUGUAGAAUUGAGCUUAUGUGAAUCACUACAAAGCUAAAAUGUUUUAUUUUUAUAAAAAUAAUAAUGAUGACAAGCAAUACGAAUUUCACGUAGAUACCUGAUGGUUUGUGAUUCAUAUAUAUUGUUGUAACAAAUUGUAUUCUAUUCUAAUAAAUUUUUAGCAAAUUUUGAGACUUUAUAAGAAAAUAAAUUAUCUGAGAAUACAGCAUUGUUAUUACAAAUAUUUACAAACUAUUUUAAAAAAUCUAUUCUUUUAAAGUAUAUUACUAAUAUUCAUAGAAUAGAUUAUAACUUUUAUUCUGUUUUAUGCUUCAUAAACGGUGAAAUUUUAUUUUGAUCUUUUGUUCGUAUGAAUUUUUUUCUCGAUUGCAUCAAUAAAAUAUGCAGAAAGAAAAGUUUACUCUGUUCAUAUGAAUUUUCUUGAUUGCAUUAAUGAAUAUUACCGAAUGAUAUCGACACUCGUUAUAGUAAAUUGAAUGUGUAUCUAAUCUACAAAUUUUUUGACAUAAUUAAAGCUUCUGAUACACAUUAUUUCGAGUAGACUGCUGACUAGUAUGCAGUCCUCUUCUAUACUCCCUUUUGGGGAUGGAAUAUAAAAUAUUAAAUACAUUCAAACUUAUUCUAUUUCGUAUCCCUCACUUCAGAUAUGCUUGAUAUUUAUUUUCGUUAAAGCUGUUUACUGUAGUAUUAGUAAGAGAACUUUCAAUGUCCAAUUUCUAUUUUUAGAGCCUGGAAUUUACAUACUAUAUUAUUAUCAAAUAACCAUAAAUUUGUAGAACGUCUCUCGUAAUCUUUAAAUGUAAAUUUUAACAACUGAUUGCUAAUACGUAUUAAUUUUAGGACUAAAUGUUGUACUUAUAUAUUAGAGCCUUAUCACAUCACAUUAUAAUUUUUUUAUUUCUUCAAACUUGUAGAAUAUACACAGUCUUUCAAAGAUGAUGUUAGCUUGUGAUAAUUUGAACAAUUUUCUAUACCAUCCCGGUUCCCUUUUGUUUUUUUUUUUGGUUUCCUUUUGCUUUUUCUAUCUUUCUCAUGAUCUUAGUUAUUCAUAUUCCAUAGAAUUUACAGUACUACAGAUCUUUAAGACCCAUGACUUAUUUCUCUUUUCUCAUCGGUCUUCAACUGAGAUCACAAUUAUUCUCCACUGGUUGCAAUUAUGUACUGUUAUUGUGGGGUAUUUAUGCAAAUCUUUCAGUUAUUCGUCAGUUCUUUUUCUCCAUAGUCCUUCACUUGUUUUUCAUUUUUCCCCCACACCUUCCUAUCCCAUUUUGUGUCUUCUUCUUUGUUAAAAACCACGUUUCACUUCCGUAUGUAACUUAUCGUAUGUUCGGUAUAUUUUAAUUUUGGCUGCUCCAGAUAAGUCCUUUGAUUUUAUAAUUUUACUUAAUGACCCCAUAGGUUCACUUCCUUUGCUUCUCCUCUUAUUUAUUUUAAUCCAUAAUUUUCGCAGCCUCUUCUAGUUUACAGAAUGCUAUUUCCAUUUUUUGUUUUGUUCUGGUUAUUAAAGCUAAAUCGUCUGAAUAUGCAAUUAUUUGCCGUUUGUGGUAAUAAAUGAGUAUCUUACUAUCUCAACAGAUUAAAAGCCACUGUCGAUAUUGGAUCUCCUUGUUUUAAUCCCUUUUCAACCCUAAAUUUGUCUGAUACAAUUCCAUAAGUUGUUACUCUACUGUAUGAGUUAUUAAUGUCAUCUUGUCUAACUUAUACAUUUCAUUUCUGUCUACUGUGUCAUUAGCCUGCUUAAAAUCCAUAAACAUAAUAUGUUUUUGCUCACAGCUCCUCUUAAUGGUCUCAGUAUUCUUCGACUAUCCUUUCUUGGUACUUGUUGAGACUGUUUCUCACGGCUUUAGUCAAAACUUUGGACACCACAUCAAGAAGUGAUAUCCCUCUAUAAUUUUCAUAUCUACUGUUAUCUCCCUUCUUGAAUAAUGGAUAUAUUAUUCCAUCUCUCAGGCAUUUGUUCUUUAUUUCAAAUUUUCUGUAUUAUUCUGCAUAAUCUUUGCUGUAUAUCUUCCCCAUCGUAUUUGAUAAUUUCUCCUGCAAUCAUAUGGUUUUUAAAAUUUUCCAUCUGUUCUAAGAUUGCUUUAUAAUUUGGUUCCUCCACAAAAUUCUCAUUUUCUAUUCGUCUUCUAUAUCUUUUUCCUGUUCUGGUUAAUCUUGUUCAUUUAAAUACUCCUUGAAAGUAUUGAAUCUCUUGAAUUUUUCAUGUGGAUCUAUUAGAACCUUCCCUCGUUGUCCCUGAAUGUUUUAAUUAUUGUUCUCAAUUAAUUUUUUAUUCUUUAUAGAAAUAUCUCAAAUAUAUAAACAGAGUGAAUGCAUAAUUUAUUAAAUCUCUUCUAAAUUGUCAAAUUCUUUUCACACUCAAAUGUCCAACUAUGGUCCCAAAAAAGCAGUUGUUCUGAAGCAGGGAAAAAUAUGAGUUUUACUUUUUUCACAUAUUUGACAAAAGCAAGCUUUGUUUGCAGAUUAUAAACGAAUUGAUAUCAUGUAUCGGUAGUGUUUUUUCAAUUAAAUGUACAUCUUAUAUUUCAGUAGAAGGUUUGAACACUAAAACAAGUGAACACAGUAAGAAAAACAGUAUUUAUAGUUCCAAAGGAACUGUGUGACUUGGUGCCUUAAAUACCGGAAUCUGGAUUUUUCUCCAGAUGAUGGAAAAGAGAAGUUUGGUUGCAAAUAUCGAAUACAAGGGGAGAAUUUUCAAGUUCCUCAUAAACACACAGAAGUUUCCAUAUUGUAGUAAUAAAGUUUUGAUUUUCAGAUUCCAAAGUAUAACUUGAUAUAUUUAGGUAACUAUUUAUUUGAAAAUUUAUCUACACAUUACGGACAACAGCAUUAAUUAACUUGUUUAAAAAACAAUAUAAAUUACUCUGUGUGUCAAAAGCAUAGUUUCCUUUGAGGUAUUACAAGUUAUGGACAAAUUUGGUCGCCACGAUUUACAGUAAAUAUUCAAUCACUAAUUUUUUUGUAAAUUCAGAUACAUAUUUUUUUCAAAUAUAUCUAAAAGUUUCUUUUGUUUAUAGAUAUUAAUGAUCAAUUUUGUCCUACUUAUACUUACUGCCUGCUUGUGAAGAGUGAUAGAGAAUUCAUGUGCCAAGUGUUACAAGUUAGAAAACAGUAGUAGAUUCCUAAUUAUUUAGUAUUAUUUCCAGACUUUGUGCAUGAAUUUGAUAUCUUUUUUGGAAAUAAGUCAGUAGUUCCCAGAAGAAUUUUGUUAUCAAUAUUUUAUGUGAAUCGUUUAAAAGAAAUUAAAUGGUAAAUUAUU